AUGGCUUCUGCUAGUGCUAAUAAAAGACGUAGAGCUGAAACUGAAAGUGGAAGAGGAGGUCGUAUAUUUAACCCAUCUUGGACAAAUGAAUAUUUUGUAAUGGAGCAAAAUAAUUCAAUUAUGUGUCUCAUUUGUUUUGAAAAAAUUGCCGUGUGCAAAAUGUAUAAUGUUAAUAGACACUAUACUACAAAACAUGCAGCAACUUAUGAUAAAUUCAAGGGCCAACUUCGUGUUGAUAAGGUAGAACUGCUAAAGAAAAAUUUUAUCGGGCAACAAUCAAUAAUGAAAAGUAAAGUAAUUAGCUCAUACAGUGCUACCAAAAUAAGUUUUUUAAUUGCAGAAAGUAUUGCAAAAAGUGGUCAACCUUUUUCUAGUGGAGAUUUAAUAAAAAACUCUAUAAAACAAUUUUGUAAUGAGGUAUGCCCUGAAAAAAUACAAUUUGCUGAAGAUCUCAGUCUUUCACACCAGACAAUUGCAAGAAGGGUUGAAGACCUAUCAAAGAAUAUUGAAUUAGCAUUGAAAGAAAAACUAUGUAAGUGUGAAGCAUAUAGUCUGGCACUUGAUGAAUCAACAGAUAGAAGUGAUACGGCUCAGUUAGCUAUUUUUAUUAGAUUUAUAACAAGUAAUUUUGAAAUAAUUGAAGAACUGUUGGAUUUCAGGCACAUGAAAGGCACUACUAAAGGGGAAGAUAUUCUUUCUGAAGUCAAAAAAACAAUGAUAAAGUUUGAUUUGCUAGAAACAAAACUCUCUGGUGUCACUACAGAUGGAGCAAGUUCAAUGAAAGGAAAAAAUAUUGGAUUUGUGGCAUUAUUUAAGAAAUCCAUUAUUCACAACAUUCUUUCAUAUCACUGUAUUAUACAUCAGGAACAGUUAUGUGCAAAAGUAUUAGAAAUGAAAGAAGUCAUGGAAAUUGUUAUCCAAACUGUUAAUUUUAUAAGAAGUCGUGGCCUUAAUCACAGACAGUUCAAACAAUUGCUUGAGGAUUGUGGAAGUGAGGCAGAAGAUGUAAUUUAUUUCUGCCAAGUUAGAUGGCUUAGUCGAGCUGCAACUUUGAAAAGAUUUUGGAUAUUAAUACCUGAAAUAAUAAAGUUUCUAAAAAUUAAAGAUAAAGACACAAGCUUUCUUGAAAAUAAUGACUGGCUGAAUAAUUUGGCAUUUUUAGUUGACAUUACACAGAUGUAA